UAUUCUAGCCGGGAACAUGUCGCUAAAGUUUCUAUUCCUCUCGCUUCUCGCGGCUUUUUUUAUCAAUGGAUCGCGCGGGGCAAACAUUCUUGCAGUAUUUAGCUGUCCCUCUCCAUCUCAUCUGAUUGUGGAAAUUUCAAUGGCCAAGGUGUUGGCUGAGAACGGACAUAAUGUCACGGUGAUCACAUCUCUGAUACCUCAUGUGACCCACAAGAAUAUAAACCUUAUACACGUGCCACUCUCCGAGGAGGAGAACAAAGCCAUGGAGGCUAGCAUCGCCGGAAUGGUUGAGAGAGACAACUCUGAUCUUAUUGCGGCUGUAUUCCGCAUGCGGAAAGAAUUGUUGGCAAUGUUUGACAAGAGUCGCGAUGUCAUGAAAGAUCCACGUGUCCGGGAUCUAUACGAGAACAAGGAUAACAAGUUCGAUCUCGUGAUGGUCGGUUACUCCUUCAAUACCUUUCAAAUAGGCAUCGCUCAGAAGCUGAAGGUGCCAGUGGUGAUAGUAACUUCAAUGUUCCAAUCAGAGCUAUUCGAUCCCAUGCUCGGGGAAAUUCAAAUCCAAUCCUAUGUUCCGACCAUGGGUGUUUCCGUUGAAAAAGGUCAAACAAUGAGCUUUGGACAGCGCUUAAAAAAUUACAUAUUACUUAGCGCAUUUAAAACAUUUAUGUACCUUAUGGACAUAGAUAAUGCAAAAUAUUACGAGGAGAUCUUUGGAAAUGAUCCAACUAUGCCAAAAUAUGAAGAUCUCUACAAAAAUAUAUCCCUUGUCCUAUUCAAUUCUCAUGGCAUUAGUGAAGGUCCCAUUCGACCCAAUUUCCCGGGAGCGAUUGAAGUUGGAGGCAUUCAAAUUAAGGAAACGCCCGAUCCCUUGCCAAAACCGAUUGCUGACUUUUUGCAAAAUGCUACACACGGAGCAAUCCUUCUUAGUUUAGGCUCCAAUUUGAAAGGAGCAUUUUUGAAGCCGGAUACAGUUCAAAAGAUGUUCAAUGUGCUGUCCAAGCUGAAACAGAAAGUCAUUUGGAAGUGGGAGGAUCUGGAUAAAACUCCUGGAAAAUCGGAUAAUAUUCUCUACUCCAAGUGGCUGCCACAAGAUGAUAUUCUAGCCCAUCCCAAUAUUAAGCUCUUCAUAAAUCACGCUGGAAGAGGCGGCAUCACGGAAUCUCAGUUUCACGGAAAGCCUAUGCUCUCUUUGCCAGUGUUUGCCGAUCAACCCGCUAAUGCUGCUAAGAUGGUUAAGGAUGGAUUUGGUUUGAGUAUGAGCUUAUUAACCCUGGAAGAGAAGCCCUUCCAUGAUAACAUCAAAGAAGUUCUCGAGAAUCCCCAAUAUACGGAAAAGGUAAAAGCAUUCUCCCAGCUCUUCCGUGAUCGCCCAUUGACAGCUCGUCAAACCGUGCUCUAUUGGGUUGAAUAUGUUCUGAGGCAUCAUGGAGCAGCCCAUUUGCAGAGUCCCCUCGUCCACAUGAGUUUCAUUGCAGCCAAUAAUUUAGAUAUUUAUGCAUUGCUCUUAUGUCUCAUAGCUCUGAGUUGGUUCGUCUUUAGAAAAAUCGUCAAAUGUUUGUAUAAAAAGAUAACCGGAAAGCCGAAAAACGUUUCAAAGGUUAAGAAGACGAAGAAAGUGAAAACUAAAUAAAUUAUAUUUAAAUACGAAA